AGUGACUUAUCAUUUAUUGUCCCAAAUAUCCGUAGUCCCCUUCCAUUUGUGCUUUGGCUUCUGGAUAAGAAGAGUAAAACAAUCACUCUGAGGAAGUAGCAAAAGAAUGGCCAGUGUCUCAGCAUUUUCCGUUUGCAGAGCUAAAUCUCAUUCUCAAAUUCCCCAUUCAAUUCCCCAGCUUUUCCCAAUUCAAUUCCUUCGACUUCAAAGUAACAGGAGCAUUAACGGCGGUCAUUCUUGCUCUUCAAGUUUGGUGAAAGCGAAGACACCUUCGAGAAGUUGGAGGAUAUUUUCUGCAACUGAGGAAGAUACUGCUGUUGCCGAACAAGGUGGAGAUGAAGCUUCUACUGCUCCGACUACAACCACUGAUCAGACUGUUUCUGUUUCCGUUUCCCCUUCCGAUGUCCUCACUAUGUUCUUUCAGGCAGAAGGAACAAUGAAUGAAGCUGCCGUUCCUAAUGUGACUAACGCUUUAGAGGAGGUAGAAGGCAUUACAGGUCUCAAAGUUCAAGUUGUUGAGGGUAUUGCAAGCGUCGAGUUAACAAAGCAAACGACAAUACAAGCUACAGGGGUGGCUUCCAGUUUGGUUGAAACAAUACAAGGUUCAGGCUUCAAGUUGCAAACAUUAAAUCUGAGCUUUCAGGAUGAAGAUUCAGAAGCAUGAUGGGCUGAUAUCUUUCACAAACAUCUUAAGAGAAUCCUAUUUCCCUAUAUGGAUGCAAGUAGUUCAGUCAGCCUAUAUUUUAACAUUUUUGGUAUUACACAGUUCUUUGAUUAGUUUUUCAACUUGUGAAUUACUGAUGAGCAGAAGAAUCAAUUUUUUUUAAAGUUUAUUAUCCCCGUGGUCGGAAAAUGUCAGUAUACAA